AUGGCGCAUAUCAGAGCUCGAGCUCCCCAGGCAGCUCUGCAAGGCCUUAGGACCGCAAGCCCGGCCCCGCGCCGGCGAUGUGUCGCUCUCGCCAAUGGCGCUACCGCACGGCACAUGUCGAGUGAGCGCGGCACGCCGAGCAACACUGAGGAGAAGCAGAAGGGCCGGACGUUCCAGGGUCAGGUCGUCGGCAGCAUCACCCAGCGUCUGGCGCGCGAGAAGGCGGAGCGGGAGAGGUUCGCUGCCGAGCGAGAGAAGACGGGUAAUAGCAGGAAUCUGGCGUACACUUUCGUGCUACUCACCACGAUGGGAGUGUCGUACUACCUAGGCACCCUCGUGCCCCCGAGCCCCAGCGAAGAAUCGACCCUGCCGCUAGCCAAGACGAUCGCGCCGGUCCACAAGCUCAACAAGGAGAACCUCGAGGCCGCCUGGGCCGACUUCGUCGGCAUCGUCGGCAAGGAGCACGUCAGCACCACAAAGGUCGACCUCGAACACCACGCCAACUCGGAGUGGUCCUCGCACUCGGCCAAGCCCGACGAGCGGCCGUUCUGCGUCGUCUUCCCCAGCACCACCGAGGAGGUCUCGGAGAUCAUGAAGAUCUGCCACCAGCGGCGCAUCCCCGUCGUUGGCUACAGCGGCGGAACCAGCCUCGAGGGCCACUUCACGCCCACGCGCGGCGGCAUCUCGAUCGAUUUCGGGCGCAUGAACAAGGUCCUGAAGCUGCACCAGGAGGACCUCGACGUCGUGGUGCAGCCCGCCGUCGGGUGGGAGUCGCUCAACGACCAGCUGGCGCAGACGGGCCUGUUCUUCCCGCCGGACCCGGGCCCGGGCGCCAUGAUUGGCGGCAUGAUUGGCACCGGAUGCAGCGGCACCAACGCCUACCGCUACGGCACCAUGCGCGAGUGGGUGCUGAGCCUGACGGUCGUGCUGGCCGACGGCACCAUCAUCAAGACGCGGCAGCGCCCGCGCAAGAGCUCCGCCGGCUACGACCUCACCAAGCUCUUCAUCGGGUCCGAGGGCACCCUGGGCCUCGUGACGGAGGCCACCCUGAAAGUUACGACGAAGCCCGCGUCCACCUCGGUCGCCGUCUCGGCCUUCCCCACGAUCCGCGACGCGGCCAACUGCGUCGCCAAGGUCGUCGCCGCCGGCAUCCCGGUCGCGGCGGUGGAGAUCCUGGACGACCUGCAGAUGCAGUGUAUCAACAAGGCCGGCAUGACGAGCAAGGCGUGGGCCGAGGCGCCGACGCUGUUUUUCAAGUUCGCCGGCACGGAGACGGGCGUCAAGGAGCAGGUGGCGCUGGUGAAGCAGCUCGCGAGCAAGACGGGCAGCAAGACGUUUGAUUUCGCCAAGAACGAGGAGGAGCAGCAGGAGCUGUGGAGCGCGAGGAAGGAGGCGCUGUGGAGCACGAUGGCGGUCCGGCGCGAGGGGGAUCACGUCUGGACUGGGGACGUUGCGGUGCCGACGAGCCGGUUGCCUGACAUUAUUGAGGAGACCAAGGAGGCCAUGGCCAAGAGUGGGCUUUUUGGCACCAUUGUUGGGCAUGUUGGGGAUGGAAACUUCCACACCAUUCUGCUUUACAACGACCAGGAGCGCAAGAGAGCCGAACACCUGGUUCAUAACAUGGUCAAGAGAGCUGUCGAGAUGGAGGGCACCGUCACGGGUGAGCACGGCGUCGGACUCGUCAAGAGGGAUUACCUCCCGCACGAGCUGGGCGAGUCUACCAUCAAGAAGGCUCUUGACCCCCUCUGCCUGCUCAACUGCGAUAAGAUCGUCAGAGUACAGCCGCCCAAGGCUGGCGAGGUGAGCGAGUGGUAA